UACGUUGACGGUACGCCGGGUCCGUACGAAAUUACCGAAACACUGCGCCAACAAUCGGACCAGGUUGCACGCUCCCGACGCUUCCACGUCCAAAAGGCCAUGCGCUUUGUCUGGGGUAACUACGUCAAGUACGCCUUUGGCAAGGACGAACUCAAGCCACAAUCGGCGUCGGGAUCGGACCAAUGGGGUGGCCAAGGUAUCACCCUCGUCGAUUCUCUGGAUACCCUCUGGUUGAUGAAUCUCAAGGACGAAUUCUGGCAGGCACGAGACUGGGUUCGGGAUCAUCUGGAUCACAGCACGGUCGGAUCCGUAUCGGUCUUUGAAACCACCAUUCGAGAUUUGGGUGGACUCUUGGCUGCCUUUGAUUGGAGCAAGGAUCGUGUAUUCUUGGACAAGGCAGUAGAUCUCGGCGAUCGACUCCUCCGGGCUUUUGACGGGGCAACCACUGGCAUUCCCUGGGGAGAGGUCAACUUGGCCUCGGGCAAUCGCAAGAACAUUGGCUGGUCGGGUGACAACGCAAUUGUGGCCGAAUUCGGGACCGUACAGAUUGAAAAUCGCUACCUUUCCAAACUUACGGCCGACGACAAGUACGCCAAAAAGACGGAACGGGUGUACGAAAUUCUCGACGAAAUUUCGUAUCCCGACGGGCUGUAUCCGUAUUACCUCCGCAACGAUCCCCGCAACAAGGGAAAGUUUCUGCGGGAUGGCGUCACGAUUCGACCGGAAUUUUCCAACGAUAAACUAACUUUCGGUGCCAUGGCGGAUUCUCUGUACGAGUACUUUUUGAAAACAUGGUUGCAAGGCGGCCGGACGGAACCUCUAUACCGGGCAAUGUAUGACAAAUCCAUACAAGGCAUGCACGAUCAGUUGCUGCAAACCUCGACCCCGUCCAAACUCACGUACAUUGCGGACAAGAAUCGCAACAGCGGCACGAUGGAUCACAAGAUGGAUCACUUGGUAUGUUUCAUGGGUGGACUUCUCGCGCUCGGUGCCUACACCGACCCACUAGGAUUGGACUCGACUCGUGCGCAGCGUGAUCUCCAGACGGCCAAAGCCCUCACCUACACGUGCUACCAAAUGUACGCCCGUAUGAAUACCGGUAUUUCGGCCGAAUACGUACAGUUCUACGCCGGCCGUGACUUCCAAAUUGGUCGCGGGGCGCCGCAUUAUUUACUCCGGCCCGAAGCUGUCGAAAGCUUCUUUAUACUGCAUCAACUGACGGGCGAUCCCGUUUAUCGUGAGUGGGGCUGGGAGGUAUUUCAGGCCAUUGAAAAGUACUGUAAGACGCCGUACGGCUACGGGGCGUUGAAUAACGUUGCGGAUGUGAACGGCAAACCACGGGACAGUAUGGAAAGCUUCUUCCUAGCGGAAACCCUAAAAUACCUGUACUUGUUGCAGGACCCCGAUACGGAGGUGGACGUUUUGCACAAACACGUUUUCAAUACUGAAGCGCAUCCUCUGCGUAUA